UUGUUGCAAUCGAUUUAUGGCACCCGGCAAACUAUAAAUACCACAGGAUCCAAACGAAGACACAGACUGCACGGCAGUUGUCAUACUGAAAGCUAUAUCGGCGAAGGUACGCACUGAUAGAAGCCAAUAAGUACACAGAAUUCUUCAUCUUUAAAGGUGAAGAUUUGGUUACACCCUCUGGUACUGUGCUUCUAACAGACGACCCGCCACCAUGCCUAAGCCACCGAUGGUCAAAUGUCCAUCCACGGACAGUGCGAUGGACAGCAGCAAGGCGCAAGAAGGCAAACGUCAUUACCGCAUAGUUAUCCUUGGACCGGCCAAAGUGGGGAAGACGAGCAUCAUCUCGCAAUUUCUAUACGAGAAUUUCCAACAACAAUAUGUUCCAACGGUGGAGGAGCUCCACAGAAGUCAUUAUGAGAUAGACGGAAUGAAAUUAACCCUUGACAUUAUCGACACUUCAGGUGAAUACGAAUUUCCCGCCAUGAGGAGACUAAACAUUUGCAAUGGGGAUGCCUUCGUUUUAGUCUAUUCUCUAGCAGACGAGUCAACUUUAGACGAGGUGAAAAAAAUCAGACAACAAAUUUUGGACGAAAAGAAAACUGAUGAGGUGCCAAUAGUUAUAGUUGGCAAUAAGUCAGAUAUAGCAGAUAAAGAACGUGAAAUGCAGCGGGAGACGGUUGAAACCGUAGUAAACAUUGACUGGGGGAAUGGUUACGUUGAAUCCAGUGCACAGAAUAAUAAAAAUAUUGAUGAGAUCUUCAAAGAGCUCUUAGUGCAAUCUCGCAUUCAGUUCCAGUUAAGUCCGGCCAUAAGACGUCGCAAACGGCAAUCGGUCCCCAAUUUAUCAAACAGGAAAAGUUUCAAACAGACAUCAGGGUGUAUUAUAUCAUAAGUGUAAAAUUCACCAGAACUGAUAUAAGAAUUGAACUUUAAUGUACAUAUGUAAAAAGUAAUUUUUUUCGUAGAAUUGUAUGUUCUGACAUAUCCUUUGAUUGUAUAAAUCAGAUUAUAAAUAAGAUUGAAUUCCGUUAAUGCUCAAUUGUCAAUUGUCGUUGUGUAUGUAAUAAAUAAUCAAUCAUAA